ACAAGCAAUUUAGAGGUUUAUAAUGUGGAUAAACAGACUAUAGUUUGUUCUCGGGGUGUUCCUUUAACACCCUUUAGGCUGGAUAGAAAAAAAAACACAGCUCGAAAAAUAUGGCAUUGCGUUUGUGUGGCGCCUCCUACCGGCGUGUAGUUUUCCACCCUGUCGUCCGGCCCGUUCCCCAGAGAGUCUGCGGGCCGGCCCCUGCGCCAUACACGGGGGAGCGUUGAGGCUACGGUACAGGGUCUUAUUGUACAUUACAGGCGACGUGAUGCCUCAGACCGGUAUGAACUAUGAGGGCAGAAGGAGAGGAACACGUCGCAGCACCUGUAAAGCCAACGGUCUGGCCCCAGGCACAGAUUUGGUUAAUGGAGCCGUUGUCCACAAUGGCUACCCAGCAGCUGCCACUAGAACCAAUGAGACCACACCAGCUGGCACACUGAAUGGAACCAAACCACAAUGCACGGUUAAUGGAUAUAUUAACCACAAGUACAAGAGUAGAAAUGCACCACAGCCAAGGACACUCAGGAAGCAUGGUAGCACUAUUCCAGCUGUCAGUGAUGCCUCAACAGCUGGCUGGGUCAACAGUGCAGACGAUCCUGGUGGUAUCUCAGUAAAUGGGGCCGCCAGUCUAGACACUGUUGCUUCACACAGUUAUUCUGAUCAAAUGACUCCAGAGCCUGUCAGCCUGUCAGCGCCGGCAAAGAAACGGAGAAGAUGGAAGAAAUUUGGACGAAAGAAGAGACCCCCAACGCUGCCACCACAGGAGCAGGAGGACUGGGAAAGUGAGAUCCAAGAGGUGACGGUGCCUGACUGGGAAAAGAUGUGUUUUGGGGUCAGACCCUAUGGUCCAGAGGAUGUGCUCCACUUUGCUUUGCGGGAUUUGAAACUUAAGCAAACGCAAACCGCCGACCUGCCGUUGACAGCCAAUUACAGACCAGCAUUACACCACCCACCCCCUGUCAAAUGGUCCUGCUACAGCAUCCCCACUGAGCCGGACCAGUUUGCAGACGCUGACGAGUAAGCCGGACUUACUCUGUUUAUGUUAGGUUUGGGUUAUGACUGGAAGCAGUCUGCGUUCACAUUCCAAUAUUAACUGAGGAGUUCUGCUAUGAAUGUAGUUUGCCCUUAAUGGCGUUGUGAAGACAAUUUUUUUAUGUCUUUUCUUAGGUUAUUUGUUGAGUCAGCAUCUGUGUUUUUUUCCCUCAUCGCAACAUUAGUGGAAGAAAUUAGAUUUAAAACUUUAGCGUCUAUGCAAAGCUUCAAAAUCAAAUAGGUUUAAUGCUUUCCUGGGUCAAAUAUUAUAGGGUGGAGUGUAGGUUGUUUUGUUUUUUUAAUCAUGGUUUUUUUUUUAUAAUUUAUAAAUAGAUUUUAUAUUUGUUUUAUAUUGCAGCAUAUUCAUUUGUUAGGCUUCUGUGCUCUUAAUGAUUUUAGCUAACUUCCACACAUUGCUGUUGUACCACUUCAGUGACUGUUGUCACUGAAAACCGUCAUGCAUUUGUCUUUCUUCCAUAUCUCCAUAAUUUCUCUAGUCCAAAAGUGUACUCCAAAAACUGAACUAAUGUUUUAUAUCUAAGUUUAUCUCAAAUGAUUUGUGAUUAGAAGUUGCUCUUUUCAGGCAGCCGGCCCAACCAAGAAAUUAUGGUUUGAUAAUGUAGGAACAGCAAACUGUUAUCUCCCUGUUCAGACCUUCAUUUUCACUUUCACAACCACAAUAAAUCUAAUUUCCUUAUAA